GUUGCGGACAACACAAACUCAAGAAACAAUAACACCAUCUGCGAAAUAACUCAUGACAAGAUGAUUAUUUCCUUUUCCGAGUGCGUCAUCUUGUUUACCGUGUUCAUCACCGAGUGUGUUGCUAUAGUAACGGUGAACCUCCUUUCCAUCAUUCUUUUCAUAAAGAACAAAAGCCUUCGUACUCGCAGCAUGUACUUGGUCAUGAGCUUAACUGUGGCCGACUUGUUGGUUGGAAGUCUUUCCGGGAGUGUUAAUCUGUUUUAUGGCCAAAACCGUUAUUGUCCCUUUGUAAAAUUUUAUUCAUUAUCUUGGGAAGUUAUCAUUGCAAUUGAUUUUCUUAUCUAUUUAUUUCCUCUUGUCUCCGUGACAAACAUUGCUGUGAUUUCUUUAGAGCGAUUUCACGCCACGUUUCGUCCGUUUAGGCAUCGGCUCAUCAAGAGAUGGAUCUACGUGGUAGCAAUUGCUGUUGUCUGGGUUUUUUCUAUCAUUACAUCAGUCAUUAUAGGGAUAGGAAGGUUUCUGAUGACACACCACCUUUACUUGUUGGAAUCACACUGUUGUUUAUGUUUAAUGGCUACCUUUGUUUCUUACACGUCCAUUCUGUUUAAGUUUCGUUUUGGAGCUCAUCCUCAGCGCCAUUGUGCAGCUGCUUUAAGACAAAGAAAACUGACUGUCACAUUGUUUAUAACAAUUUUAGUAUCUUUACUGCUGUGGCUACCAUUUACUAUAUUCCUUUUUGUUUGGUGGUCAGAUGCGGAUAUUUUUAAUUCCCUUUCUACCCGAGAAUUUUUUCGUUUGGUUUGUUUAUUGAAUUUUUUGCAUUAUGCAAACUCCCUUGUAAAUCCCAUUUUAUACACAAUCAGGAUGCCAGACUUUAAGAAAGCUCUGCUCUCAUUGUUCAGA